AUGUUCUCAUUAAGAAAAUUAAAAUAUUUUAAUAUAAAAUUGAAUAGUAAUAGAAAAUCGGCACAAAAUGCAGUAUUUUACAAUAUUAAUAUUUCAAAUUUCAAAUCUUGGAACAUAGUCUUUUUUGGUAGUGAUAAUUUUUCAAUUGCUUGUUUGAAGGCUCUUCUUGAUAAAAGUAAUGAAGUCAUGAUUAAUAAUGUAGAAGUGGUAACUUCCAAUAAGGAAAAUCUUUUGUACAAAUUUUCAAUAUCUAAUAAUGUCAAAGUACAAUUUUGGCCUCCUAAUUUAAAUGAAUCUUUCGAUUUAGGAGUUGUCGCAUCGUUUGGAAAAUUAAUACCAGCACAAAUAAUUCAUAGGUUUAAAUAUGGAAUUAUAAAUGUCCAUGCUAGUUUACUUCCAAAAUGGAGAGGUGCAAUGCCCAUAGUUUAUUCUAUUAUGAAUGGUGACAAUGUUACUGGCAUAACAAUACAGAAAAUAAAACCAGAAAAAUUUGAUGUAGGAGACAUAGUUUUAAAAAAGUCUUGUACAAUAGGAAAAACUGAAUUAUUUCCAUCAUUAUAUAAUAGACUCUGCCAAUUAGGAAGUGAAUGCCUUAUUGAAGUAAUACAAAAAAUGCCAGAAUGUUUGGAACAUUGUGAAUCGCAAGAAAACGAUGAAAUCUCUUAUGCUAAAAAGUUUGGCAAAGAAAUAUCUGUUGUAAAAUGGAGUGAAUCGAAUGCAGUAAAUGUAUACAAUUUAUACAGAGCUUUAUUUGGUAAAUAUAUUUUACAUACUACUUGGAAAGGAAUAAAAAUUAAAUUAUUAUGUAUGUCUUUAGUAAAUUGGGAUGAAAAUUUUCACUGUGAAAUUAUUAACAAAUCAAAAACUCCGGGAACCGUUAUGUAUAACAAAACAGAUAAAGUUUUAUUAGUGAAUUGUAAAGACAUGCCUAUUAAAAUUUGUACAAUAAUGAUUAAACAUAAUAUAUAUGGUGGAAAUGCAUUUUACCGCGGAUUUCUCACUCAAAUGCCAAAAAAAUUUUGGUAUUUCACUUAG